AUGUACAAUCAAGACAGCGUUUUGUACAGCAAUGAAGCAGUGCGAGCCUUACGCUUAGCAUUUAAGUAUGGCAUCAAUGCGCUGGAUUCGUCGCCAUACUACUUCCCGUCCGAAUUUGUGCUGGGUCGUGCGCUACGAAUCUUGGCUCCUGAGCGCCCACGAUCAUCGUACUUCCUGAUCACGAAAUGCGGGCGGUACGGGCCAGAAAAACACAUGUUUGACUAUUCGCCCGAGCGCGUGCACACAUCGAUCCGUAAGAGCCUCGAGCGUCUGGGCACAACAUACCUCGACGUGGCACUCUUACAUGAUGUGGAGUUCGUCAGUGAUCAACCCGCCGAGGCGGUCAAGGGCAGUAAUGCUGGAUGGCUCGAGGCUUGCGCAGUUGGCACAGCACAGGAGCGCGUGUGGUCCCCUGAGGAGGCGCAAAAGGUGCUUGGCAUAGCCUCUGAAGAUGCAUCGCAAAUCCGCGGUCCUGGCGACGAGCGAGUGCUGAACGCCGUGCGUGCGCUCUUCGAGCUGAAAGAUCAGGGUCUGGUGCGUCAAGUUGGUAUUAGUGGAUACCCACUCGGUGAGCUGGUUCGGAUCGUCCGACUAGUUGCCUCGCAUCCACCGUAUCGAUGUCUCGACGUUGUUCUUAGUUACAGCCAUCACACAUUGCAUUCGGACCUCUUGCCUGCCUGGAAGGACUUGUUUGCCGCCUGUCCACCAGGAAGAGAAGCGACGUGGCGUGCGCCGUUCGUGCUCAAUGCGUCACCAUUCUCAAUGGGCCUGUUUUCUGACCGCGACCCACCUGCAUGGCAUCCAGCCGAUACGCGCCUCAUGUCAGCGGCACGUGGUGCUCUGCGUGAGCUUCAGAAGGAUGCAGCUUCUCCUUGCUCAGUUGUCGACCCCUCUGUCGUUAUGGGCCAAACUGCUCUGUUCCGUGGCAUAAGUGGGUCGGAGGCGGUGGACUCGAAUGGCGUGCCUGUAUUGCGCACACUCAUUGGCAUGAGCAAUGUUGAUGAGGUGCACGCUGCGAUGCGGAUCUAUCGUGUUUUGUCGCAGCCAGCAGUGUUCGAACGCGAGUACAAUCAGCUGGCGAAGUACAAUGACUUGGUGCGUGCACGAAUUCUAGAGGCCCGAGUCGCUGAUAAAGCAUGGCCAUCGCCCUCUGAGACGUAA